AUGAGAGAAAUUAUCCAUUUAUCCACUGGUCAAUGUGGUAACCAAAUCGGAACUGCUUUCUGGGAAACCAUUUGUGGUGAACAUGGUUUAGAUAACAAUGGUAACUAUCAUGGGGAAGAUGAAAUCCAAAAGACCAAAUUGGAUGUCUAUUUUAACGAAGCUUCUUCUGGUAAAUACGUUCCAAGAGCUGUGUUGGUUGAUUUAGAACCAGGUACUAUCGAUGGAGUUAAGACUUCCAAGAUUGGUAACUUAUUUAGACCUGACAACUUUAUUUUCGGACAAUCCUCCGCUGGUAAUGUUUGGGCCAAGGGUUACUACACUGAAGGUGCUGAAUUGGUUGAUUCAGUUAUGGAUGUGGUUAGAAGAGAAGCUGAAGGUUGUGACUCCUUACAAGGUUUCCAAAUCACACAUUCCUUGGGUGGUGGUACCGGUUCAGGUAUGGGUACUUUAUUAAUCUCCAAAAUUAGAGAAGAAUUUCCAGAUAGAAUGAUGGCCACUUUCUCAGUUGUCCCAUCUCCAAAGGUCAGUGAUACCGUUAUUGAACCCUAUAAUGCUACGUUAUCCGUUCAUCAAUUGAUUGAGCACUCAGAUGAAACUUUCUGUAUCGAUAAUGAAGCCUUAUACAAUAUCUGCCAAAGAACAUUAAAGUUACCUCAACCAAACCAUGCCCAAUUAAAUGGAUUAGUCUCAUCAGUCAUGUCUGGUGUUACCACUUCAUUAAGAUACCCAGGUCAAUUGAACUCUGAUUUGAGAAAAUUAGCAGUGAACUUAGUCCCAUUCCCAAGAUUGCAUUUCUUCAUGGUUGGUUAUGCACCAUUAACUUCAAUUGCCUCAAAUUCAUUCAGAUCAUUGACCGUUCCAGAGUUAACUCAGCAAAUGUUUGACGCUAAGAACAUGAUGGCUGCAUCUGACCCAAGAAAUGGUAGAUACUUAACUGUAGCUGCUUUCUUCAGAGGUAAGGUUUCCGUCAAGGAAGUCGACGACGAAAUGCACAAGGUUCAAAUGAAGAACGCAUCUUCCUUCGUCGAAUGGAUUCCAAAUAAUGUGCAAACAGCUGUUUGCUCAGUCCCACCAAAGGGAUUAGACAUGUCUGCCACUUUCAUUGGUAACACUACCUCUAUUCAAGAGUUAUUCAAGAGAGUUGGUGAUCAAUUCAGUGCUAUGUUCAGAAGAAAGGCUUUCUUGCACUGGUACACAUCUGAAGGUAUGGAAGAGUUUGAAUUCACGGAAGCUGAAUCCAACAUGAAUGAUUUAGUCAGUGAGUAUCAACAAUAUCAAGAUGCAGGCGUUGAUGAUGAUGAAGAGUUAGAAUACGCAAAUGAGGCUCCAUUAGAAGAUGGAUUAGAGUAG